AUGGCCUCCAAUGACCCUGUUGGUGAUCAGGCGUCUUUAGAUCGGACAAAGAGAGCAAAGUUUGCUAAGGUGAAAAAUAAAACCCCUGCUCCGAUACAAAUUACCGCCGAGCAAAUUCUCAGAGAGGCCAAGAAUAGGGAACUUGAGGUUGCCCCGGUGGCCCCGACCCAAAAAAUCACAAAUCUUGCUGAAUUGCGGGAUUUUCAACUUCGAAAACGCAAGGAUUAUGAAGACAAUAUUCGAAAGAACCGACUUGCCAUGCAAAAUUGGAUUAAGUAUGCAAAAUUCGAGGAAAGUCAGGGGGAAUUGCAGAGAGCACGUUCCAUUUUCGAGCGCGCGCUUGAUGUGGACUUUCGUAAUAUAGGACUGUGGCUUAAGUACGCUGACAUGGAAAUGAGGAACAAACAAGUGAAUCAUGCGCGCAACCUUUGGGAUAGAGCUGUUACAUUGAUUCCAAGAGCCAACCAAUUUUGGUAUAAGUAUACCUACAUGGAGGAAUUGCUGGGUAACAUCGCAGGAGCUCGCCAAGUAUUUGAACGGUGGAUGGAGUGGGAACCAGAAGAGCAGGCGUGGCACGCUUACAUCAACUUUGAAUUACGAUAUAAAGAGCUGCAACGUGCUCGAUUGAUUUAUGAACGUUUCGUCCUGGUCAAUCCUGAACCCAAGAAUUGGGUAAAAUAUGCCAAAUUCGAGGAAAGGAAUGGUUAUAUUAAUUCAGCCCGGAAAGUGUUUGAAAGGGCUGUUGGGUUUUAUGGAAGCGACAAUCCACAGGCUCGUUUGCUCAUCGAAUUUGCUAGGUUUGAAGAGAGGCAGAAAGAGCACGACCGUGCUAGAGUCAUAUACAAAUAUGCUCUCGAUAAUCUUCCAUCCAAUGAAUGCCCUGAAAUUUAUAAGGCGUUCACAUUGCACGAGAAGAAGUAUGGUGAUCGUCUUGCGAUUGAGGGAGUCAUCCUUAACAAACGAAAAUUCCAGUAUGAGUCAGAGGUGGAAGCGAAUCCUCAUAACUACGAUGUCUGGUUUGAUUACGUUCGCCUAAUGGAGGAGGAAGGCUCGGUCGAGCAAACACGAGAGCUGUACGAACGAGCAGUCGCGAAUUUUCCCCCCAUUAAGGAGAAACGCUACUGGCGUCGAUAUAUUUACCUGUGGAUAAAUUAUGCUCUCUAUGAAGAGUUGGUAGUGGGAGAUGUAGAGAGAACUCGUGAGGUUUAUAACUUUGCCCUCCGUCUUAUUCCCCAUCGAAAGUUCACGUUCGCCAAAAUGUGGCUGUAUGCGGCGAAGUUUGAGAUUCGUCAGAAGCAGCUGACAAGCGCUCGCAAGUUAUUGGGUUCAGCGCUCGGCAAGUGUCCCAAGGCUAAACUCUUUCGAGGGUAUAUUGAAUUGGAGAUCCAGCUGCGCGAAUUCGAUCGCUGUCGUAAACUUUAUGGAAAAUUUCUGGAAUUCUCAUCGGAGAGCUGCACAACCUGGAUGCGUUAUGCAGAAAUGGAGGCUCUGUUGGAUGAGGUGGAGCGAGCUCGUGCUAUUUAUGAAUUGGCGAUUUCGCAACCGCUUUUGGAUAUGCCCGAGAUUCUCUGGAAGGCAUACAUCGACUACGAGAUCGAGCAGCGCGAGUGGGAUCGUGCGCGUGUCCUCUAUCGCCGUCUUAUGGAAAAGACGAAUCACGUUAAAGUUUGGCUAAGUAUGGCAAAUUUCGAACUGUGCGCGCAGAACUCUGUGGCGGAGGAGGAAGAAAACGAGAGAUUUUCUGGUGCCACCACUGUAGCCAAUGAGCAAGAAGCGCGGGCGGCCAUCGAGCGCGCUCGCGCCGUCUAUCGCGAGGCUAAUGUGGCUCUUUGCAAGGCCAAUGAAAAGGAGCAGCGCGUCCAACUCAUUGAGGAGUGGAAAACAUUCGAGGAGGAGUAUGGGGAUGAGGAGACGCAGAAAGAGGUGGCGGGUUUCGAGCCGCAGCGAGUGGUGCGCAGCCGUCGAGUGGAGGAGGGUGGCGCUGGCAGUGGUUGGGAGGAGUAUGUUGAGUACAUUUUCCCCGACACUGCCGCCGAGCAGCCGAACCGCAAGCUGCUCGCCUUCGCCAACAAAUGGGCAAUGCUCCACGAACACUCCGACGAUGACGAUGAGGAGGAGCAGGAGGUGGAAGAGAAUAGCAAAUAUGUUACUGCUGAUGAAAACGGUGUACCCAGCAAUGCCGACAGAAGUACUAACGCUGUAGCAACUGAGACGGCGAGUAUGAAUGGAAUUCACUACACGCCGGGUAAUUGA